AAGUACAAACCUUUUUUAAAUAAAUAAGUGACAUCAUUUUGUAUUUUUACUGUUUUAGUUGCUCCCUGGAUGAUCGGUACUACAACAGCUCCUCCACAAGUCUCUCUCUCUUCACUGCUUCGAAGUAAAUUUCCAGAAACAUGGCUAUGGGAGAAGAUCACGGUCGGGUCCUCGGGCGAAACAAGCGUUACCAAAACAGUUCCGGACACUAUGACGUCAUGGAUAUCUUCUGCUUUCGCAAUGAGUUCAAAUGAUGGUUUCGGCAUGGCUGACAAUAUACCGAAGAUCAUAGUAAGGAAGGACUUCUUCAUUACUUUGGAUGCACCAACAAGCAUUAUCCUUGGGGAAGAGUUUCUCCUUCAAGUAACAGCGUUUUCCUAUUUACCUGGCAGGCAGACGGAUCUAGAUGUUUUUCACUACUGA